UCAAGAAUUACCCAAUCAGUUGUUUCAAUUUUCAGUUUUUUUACUUUCGAAGAAAUUUACUUUGAAAACAAUUUUUAUUGAUGACCAAAGAAGCUACAUAUGCAUAUAGUGAAGAAAUAUGCUCAUGGUUAUCGUUGAAACAUACUAUACAUAUCUACGUAUGUUACAUACUGGUAAAAUUCAUAUUAAUCGUCAAAACAUAGCCGAACUUAUUGAUCUGGCCAAUUGUUAUGGUGAUGAAAGGUUGAUGAAAUAUUGUGAAACAUACGACAAGAUCAUUUGCUAUUCUCUCUCUAUCGCAACUAUAUCGCAUUUGUCAAUAUUGUGUCUUUAAUUCGAGUGUUUUCGUUCAUCGAUAAUGGCAAGAUCACCAACUGAUAAUAUUGAUAUUGAGUUAUUUCAAGAUAAUCUCGAAUACAUUGAUCAAGAAUUUCUUCAAUCAAUUGCUCAGAUUUUCAGCUUUACUUACGAAGACGAAAAACAAUUUUUAUUGAUGAUCAAGAUGAUUGCUUGUGGACAGUAUCAUUCAUUAAUGUUGCAACAAGAUGGUCAUGUUUUCGCUAUGGGUGAUAAUUGUUGUGAUAAAAUAACUGGUAAUGAAACAUCAUCAUAUGAAAGUAUGAUCAAUACUGGUAUUGAGAAUGUUAAACUUAUUGCUUGCGGUCAAUUUCAUAGUAUUGUUGUGACUAAUUCCAGUGAAAUUUAUUCCUGGGGCGAUAAUUUUUUUGGCCAACUAGGCCUUGGUGAUCAAAAUGACCGAAACACACCAUGUCUUGUUACAUUUCCAAAUGAUGAUUCGGUCGAUACAAGAAUCAAAGAUAUUGUGGCCGGCUCGAAGCAUUCAUUAUUCUUGCUUGAAAAUGGUCAGCUUUGGGGAUGUGGCUCUAAUUAUGAUGGUGAACUUGGUCUUGGUUAUGAUAUUGGCCCAACAAAGUUGACAAAACUACCGUUUGAAAAUGUGCAACAAAUCGCAUGUUCAAAAGACCAUAACUUGUCAUUGGCACAUGAUGGAUUAAAUUAUUAUGCAUGGGGUAAAACCAUGAAUGGCACUUGGUCAUCACCUAGAAAAUUGUAUGAUCAACAUUCAUCAUUUGCUUCUGCAUCAGCUCUGUUAUUGGAAUCACAAACCACAUUUGGCCUAACAUCCGUCACUAAUCUAUUUGAAUCUAAUUAUACAUCAACCAUUCAAUCAAAUUGUCAAUUAUUCAAUAAUCCAAACUAUUAUGAUGUAGAAUUCAUUAUUGAGAAGAAACCUAUAAAAGUGUCUAAAUGUUAUUUGAAAUCCGUAUCCAAAUUUUAUGGCGAUAAGUUUUCGAAUGAUUGGGAAGAAGAGAAUCAGGUAUCGAUUGAUGUGAUUUUAGCUAUGAUACAUACUAUGAAUAUCUACGUAUGUUACAUACGGGUGAAAUUAAUAUUAAUCAUCAAAACAACCGAAUUUAUUUCUAUGGCCUAUUUUCAUAGCGAUGAAAAAUUCAUCAAACAAUGUCAAACAUUCAUACGAAAGGAUCCAAAUGAACAAACAAUAAACAAAUAUCAUCCAUUAAUUAAAAAAUAUCAAAUUAAAAAAUUGUACGGCAAACUUGCUCAUCUUUGCAUCGAAAAAAUGUUACACUUUUCAAAAAAUUCUUCCCAAACCCGAAAAUUCCAAAAUUUAUAAAACCCAACUUUUACACUACACAAUUUUUCACAGGCCAUGGACACUUUCAACAAUAUCUAUACAGAAUACAACGUUCAAACACAAACACAUGUACAUUUUCAAUUUUCGAUCAACAACAACAAUUGUUUCAACAGAUGUGAAUCAUUGAUUCAGUUCUUGUAAAAAAAUACAUGCAUGAUCUAAUGCGAAAAUCCUGUUUGUUUCAUUGAAAG